AGUUCACUUUUUGAACAUAGGUCACCAAAAUGGGUUUCACACAAUAGUGAAUUCAUGCUUAAAUGCAUGUUUGUGUGAUUUAGUUAAUUGAUGCCGGCUGACAGUGAUUCACUUUGAAAGGCAUUUAUUGACAUCUUGUGGUAGGUUUCAAAGGUGCACUUGAUCUGUAGUUAUUGCAUUGUUGGACAUUUUCCUGACAGAUUUUUCUUCUUCAUGUGAGUGAAUGAGUGUUUCGAGUGAACUAACACUAUUGUUUGCUUAAUUGUUGAUCAUGGAGCUUGUAAUUCCAGUUAUGUGGGUUUGAUUCCCAGAGGGACCAGCAUGAAACUAAAAGCACACUACUUUAAGUAGUGGAUAUGAGCAUCUGCUAACAGAAGAUAACAGAAGAAUGUAAAGAGCUAUAAUAAGAUUCAGUACUGGCUGUCCUGUUGCCUUCAGAGGGAGGAACUGGGUGCUGUACGUCAGCCUGAGGCACAUCGAUGGGAACAGUCAUGCUGGGUUGAUUCAUACUCUCUUUCCCUACAUCGUAUCUCUGUUUUUCUAAUUAACAUAAGGUCUGUCGGACUUCCUCACUGUCCCAGCCCAGAGGAUAGAGUGCACAGCCCGACCCGAUCAGCAGACCUGGGAACAGAGAACAUACAUCUGUGAACACAAAUCAAAGAUCAGUCUUAAAGGACGGGUCACUGCAUGCCUUCAAUUGGCCGCUCAUCCAGAUUUCAGUUUGGAGGUUCUUGAGGGAAGUUAAGGGAUGAGAGGGGAGUUAUGGGAUGAAAGGACUAAAGAGAAUAUAGGACAGAAAGAGGAAUGAGAAGGGACGAGGGGGGAAGGGAUGGGGGCUGGAUAAGAAAGAAGACAGAGGAAAGAGGGAGGCUGACCCGGUUACAACUGUCUGGACCACCCUGCCCGGUUACCACUGUCUGGACCACCCUGCCUGGUUACCACUGUGUGGACCACCCUGCCCGGUUACCACUGUCUGGACCACCCUGCCCGGUUACCACUGUCUGGUCAACCCUGCCCGGUUACCACUGUCUGGACAACCCUGCCCGGUUACCACUGUCUGGACCACACUGCCCGGUUACCACUGUCUGGACAACCCUGCCCUGUUACCACUGUCUGGACCACCCUGCCCGGUUACAACUGUCUGGACCACCCUGUUCGGUUACCACUGUCUGGACCACCCUGCCCGGUUACCACUGUCUGGUCAACCCUGCCCGGUUACCACUGUCUGGACCACCCUGCCCGGUUACCACUGUCUGGAAAACCCUGCCCGGUUACAACUGUCUGGACCACCCUGCCCGGUUACCACUGUCUGGACAACCCUGCCCGGUUACCACUGUCUGGACCACACUGCCCGGUUACCACUGUCUGGACAACCCUGCCCAGUUACCACUGUCUGGACCACCCUGCCCGGUUACCACUGUCUGGACCACCCUGCCCGGUUACCACUGUCUGGACCACACUGCCCGGUUACCACUGUCUGGACCACCCUGCCCAGUUACCACUGUCUGGACAACCCUGCCCAGUUACAACUGUCUGGACAACCCUGCUCGGUUACCACUGUCUGAUCAACCCUGCCCAGUUACAACUGUCUGGUCAACCCUGUCCGGAUUCCACUGUCUGGACAACCUUGCCCGGUUACCAUUGUCUGGACCACCCUGUCCGGUUACAACUGUCUGAUUAUCUAUCUGAUCAACCUUGUCUGGUUACCUGUCGGGUUAACCUUGUAUGUCUGAAUACCUGACCUCUGACUAAUCAACAGUUAAGAAAAAUCUUGACAAUGUACAGACUAGCUCAGUAAGCAGGCCUGGCUGUUGAGGAAAGACAUACUGCCCACAUAAUUAGGUGGAAUUGGAGCUGCACUUGCUAACACAUUUCCUUUAGAUCGUACAGACAUAUUUGAAAUAAAAUGUUGAAUAAGCCUUGUACAUUGCCCUGGUCCGGAUAUAGACUGGGUGUAACGGUCCGUUCCGCUUUGUGUUUUCUGUGUGUCCUUGGUUUGUCAUGUCCUUGUUUGGUCUUUCCUGUUCUCGUUUCAGUUAAUCAGUUAAUUCCAUUCACCUGUGUUUAGCCUUGCAUUGUGGGAUAGUUGAUGUGCUGUACGCUGCCUGCUGUUACCUACCUGGCUACCUGCCAAACCUUUUCAAAUUUACUUUAUAUAAACUAAUAGGUCAAAAUUCUAUUUUAAGAGUUUUACCAACGCAAUAUUUUUAUCUGUUGACCUCUUA